CUUAAUUGUCAGGCUGACUAGGAUUAUUUUUGCGUGCUUUCAAGGCUUUGUAUAGGCUGAUACCCCUAUGUGUCGCCUCCAAGGGGAUCGUCGAGAAGAAAAAGCAGAGCCCCCAAUACGAUGGUUGAUGUCUAUGUUUCCCAUGUAGAAUGGCUGUCUUGGCCGCCUAUCACUUUUUUAAUCCUCUUUUCUUUUCUUCCCCAUCCGUUCGAAUAUCUCCUACCAAACACUACACAAUCCACAACAUGAGGUACGUGGCUGGUUGGUCCCCUGCGGCACAUAAUGUCCUACAUCCCACGAAAUAUGCUUGGCUGGGAUAAGGGAAAGUAGGUAGUUAUCAAGCCCUGCUCGCCACCAUCGCGGCUUUUAGGCUUGACAUUCUUUCCCUGUUCCCCGGGUUUAUUCAAAGCGGACCGGACACUCCGUGAACGCUACCGUUACACAAGCACUAGAGCAUCUCCACUCCCAUACCUACCUACCUAGCCCUCCCGGUCUAGCCCUAGAGGUAGGAUGCUCAGUUGGUUUGCAGUAUCUUCCUAGACCUUUGUUCCCAUUUUAGCGUUCUCUUUCUGUCAUAGUUAGAGGCAACUCGGUCCUUGUUCUUCGAUUGUUCUUUCAGCUGAAGAAGACGAAACUACAUCUGAAUAUCGUUCCAGUACAGAGACAUAUCUGGGGAGACAACGAAUUUAGACAUCAUGAGUUCUGCAGUAAACAUGUCAGACCCUUCGGCGGUGGCGGCCAUGAUGGCGGAGCAGGCGGCGACGAUGGCGGCCGUCAAGUCGUUCAACAUUGAGGCUUUCACCCUGAUGGGCAUCGCUCUCUUGGCAACAUCGUUGAGGACGUACUCGCGCGCCAGCACCGUCGGCUUUUCCAACUUUCAGGCUGACGACUACCUGGUCUGGAUUGGCACGGUUGGCCAUUGCUUUGAAACUGGUCUGGCCUACUCGGUUGGUGAACACGCCCGUGGCUUCGCCAACGAUGCCAUAAGCCCCGAGGAGAGGGCGGCUCUGAGCCCCGAUACUCCCGAAUAUCAGAUGCGCGUCCUCGGCUCCAAAAUCCAAUUGUGGGGAUGGUCGACUUACGCAACUCUUCUUUGGAGUUUGAAAGCAUCCAUGUGUACCUUUUUCCUGCGCUUGACGGAUGGUCUCCACGUAUACAAGUCGAGAAUUUACAUCGGCUUCGGCUUCAUCUUCUUCUCGUGGCUCACGCUCGCCCUCACGCUGCUUUCCAGCUGUCGGCCGUUCCACAACUACUGGCAAAUCAGCCCUGAUCCUGGACGAUACUGCUACCCUGCCGUGUCGCCCGCUCUCAUCUGGACCUUCCUGGCCAUGAACGUCAGCACGGAUCUGUACCUCAUCUCAAUCCCGAUGCCCCUCCUCUUCACUGCCAACGUGACGUGGCGGAAGCGCCUGGCCCUGGUGAGCGUGUUUUGCUGCGGUCUCUUUGUCACGGCUGCCGCCAUCCUGCGUGUCAUACUUAUUGUUAGCGACUUGAAAAACGGUGCCUUUCUCGCCGGAUCCUGGGCGGUACGCGAGACCUUCGUCGCCGUGAUAACCACCAACAUGCCGAUGCUGUUCCCGCUGUUCCGAAGGUGGCUGAACCCGUUCCUGGGCCGCAUCUCGUCGAGGCUGGGCACGUACGGAUACCGGGGCAAAUCGACGGGGGCGUCGUCGCGCAACUUGCCCCCUCACCAGCGCGCGGUCCAGACGGUCGGCAAGCAGCGCAUGCGCAAGCAGCCGCAGCAGAGCCUGAACCACAUCACCAACCUGAGCGUGACGUACGCCAACGAGUCCGAGGAGCGCAUCUACGAGCUGCAAAACGUCGGCGGCACCAACCCCGCGGGCACGGGGGUCGUGACCGAGAUCAUUGGCGGCAAGGGCGUGGACGACAAGGGGAUCAGGGUGCACGACAAUGACGACGACGACCACCACCACGGUGAGGAGCAGGACCGCGUGAGUGACCUCAGCAGCGAUUUGUCGUCGUCGUCGCCUGCUGGCGCCGGCGCCGGCAUCGGCAUCCAGAGGCGCGUCGAGAUCGUCGUCGAGGAGGAGAAGCAGGACGACCCUUCCGACGGCAGCGGUAACCAGGGCGACCGCGUUUUGGGCGGCAAUUUUGUCGCCGUAUCUUCUGGGGGUGGCCCUGCCGCGGGCGGAGCCGGCAGCGGAAGGAAUAGGAGCAGCACCGUCGAGAGCAGGGGUCCCGGCGCCGCGCGGACCAGUUACUUUGCCGACCAUGUCAAGUCGGAAAACUACAAGCGGAUAUGAUUGGUGAGAAUGGGGUGGUUUGAGCAGGCGUGUAAGACAAAAGAAAGAAGAAAAAAAAGCAACGAAAAACGGUGAGUGGCGAAAUGUGGGAAUACACUGUACAAGACUGUCAAAAUAAUACACAUCUGGAAGGAUAUAUCUCUCCCCAGAUCAUAAUAGAGACUAGUCUAGACUAGUAUACGCAUGAUCUCUUUUCCCUAG